AUGUUAUUGUUCGACACGGGGGAAGCAUAUAAAAAAUUUUCUAGUGAAGACAAUCUUGAAGACAACGUGAACCAAGUUAAACUCCAAGAGUUACCGUUAUUCAAUCUUCAGGAGCUGGCAAGUGCAACAAACAACUUCCAUCAAUCAAAUAAGCUUGGCCAGGGUGGAUUUGGUCCUGUAUACAGGGGAAAACUUUCAAAUCAACAAGAAAUUGCAGUAAAAAGACUUUCAAGAGCCUCUGGACAAGGGCAAGAAGAAUUUAUGAAUGAAGUGGUGGUCAUAUCUAAACUCCAGCACCGGAAUCUCGUUAAACUCCUUGGCUGCUGUGUUGAAGGGGAAGAAAAGAUGUUAGUUUAUGAAUACAUGCCAAACAAAAGUUUGGACACAUUUCUCUUUGAUUCAAUCAAACCGAAACUACUAGAUUGGAGAAGACACUUCAACAUUAUUGAGGGAAUCAGUCGAGGUCUGCUGUACCUUCAUAGGGAUUCCAGAUUAAGGAUUAUUCAUAGAGAUCUAAAAGCAAGUAAUAUCUUGUUGGACGAAGAGCUAAAUCCAAAAAUAUCAGAUUUUGGUUUGGCUAGGAUUUUUGGGGGCAAUGAAGAUCAGGCCAAUACUAAAAGGGUCGUUGGAACAUAUGGGUACAUGUCCCCUGAAUAUGCAAUGGAAGGGCGAUUUUCAGAGAAAUCAGAUGUCUUCAGCUUUGGAGUGUUGUUACUCGAGAUUGUUAGUGGAAGAAGAAAUUCUAGCUUUUAUGAUGAUGAGCAGGACAUGAGCCUUCUAAGAUUUGCAUGGAAAAUGUGGAAUGCAAACAACAUUGUGGCAUUAACAGACCCGAUGAUACGUGAACCCUGCUUUGAAAUGGAAAUUUUGAGAUGCAUACACGUCGGGCUACUGUGUGUGCAAGAAUUUGCUAAAGAUAGGCCAACUGUCUCCAUUGUUAUUUCCAUGCUUAAAAGUGAGACUCUUGAUCUGCCUCUUCCGAAGCAACCUGCAUUCACGGAAAGGCAAAUUGCCCUAGAUGCUGACUCCUCUCAACACAACUCAAGUAAAUGCUCCGUUAACAAUGUUACUGCUACAAUGGUUCAAGGCCGAUAG